AAAAAAAAGUAGAACGUGCUAACAGUUAACAUUACCCAAAUUCUUAUCAACUCUUCAAACCGUGUCGCGUCUUCGCCUUACAGCUUUUCCAGAAAAGCUCUCAAAUCCGAAUUGCAUUUCUAUGGAAUCAAUCAACUUAGUAAAAGGCUAUGGCAAAGUUAACCCUUCUGAAGAUCCAUCUUCUUUCCCCAAUCCCAGAGCCGCCCAUAAGCGCCGUCUCACCAUCGCCCUCUCUCUCACCCUCUUCCUAACUUUACUCAUCUGCGUAUUCGUCGGCGCGUUUAUCCACGCGUCUAAUUCCGACGACCACACACCAUCUCCUUCAUCCAAUUCAGCCGAUUCGCUCAAAAUCGUCUGCGCAGUGACUCAGCAUCCAGGGUCAUGCUUUGACUCCAUAUCUUCCCUCAACAGCACCUCACCAAAACCCGACCCGGAACAAUUCCUGAAUCUCUCUCUUCAGGCGACGGUGAGAGAGUUAACAAACAUCUCUUCGUUGCCAAAGACGCUGAUAUCGAAGAUCAAUCACCCAGGAACCGUGUCGGCGUUGAAGGACUGCAUCAGUUUGUUCGAUGACGCGCUGAGUCAACUCAACCAAUCGGCGGAGUUGCUGAAUGUGGGUACCGGAGAGAGUACAUUAACGGUGAUGAAGGUGAAGAACAUGCAGACAUGGGUAAGUGCUGCGAUGACUGAUCAGGACACGUGUCUAGAAGGACUGGAUGAAAUGGGAUCACCGUUGCUUGGAGAAGUGAAAGCGCGGGUGCAGAAAGCUAAGGAGUACAUGAGUAACACCUUAGCAAUUCUCAGUAAUAUGCCUAACCUUCUUAAAAAAUUUGGUAUCUCUAUGCAUUGAGUUAACAUAUCAUAUGCACAAUUUGUACGUUUUUUUUUUUUGGCCUGCAAUUUGUAUCAUUGUACUUCUCUUUGUUUGUGUCUUCAAUAUUAUUGCUGGUGUAAAUUUGUGCAUACUUCUUUUCCCUAACUUUUAAUAAUUUAAAUUCAUCAAAUUACUUUGAUUGUA